AUGCCCAGUCACCUCAUGCCCAGUCACCUCAUGCCCAGGCACCCCAUGCCGAGCCACCCCAUGCCCAGUCACCUCAUGCCCAGGCACCCCAUGCCGAGCCACCCCAUGCCCAAGCAGCGUCUGUUUGACUGGAUGGAGGGGGCUAAACGGAAAGGGGGCGAGCCGCAUUUGGCAUCGCGAGGCCCCCGGGUCAGGGAGAGGGAAGGAGAGAGAGGGAGGAGGCCACCCGAAUCUGGAUCAGCUAGGAGGAGGAGAGCAGAAGUGUGGAGACGCGAGGAGUGCGAUGACACCCAUGGCUUCCUCCUGCGGCCGAUACGUCCGCCUCCUGUGGUUGGUGCUGCUCCUCUCCAGGCGUGCCAUGCCACGGUGUUCCUACAGCGGCGCCAAGCGGCAAUCGUCCUGGCGCGGGCGCGGCGCGCCAACAGCGGCUGGGAGGAGCUGCGCAAGGGGAACCUGGAGCGCGAGUGCAUGGAGGAGCGCUGCAGCUUCGAGGAGGCGCGCGAGGUGUUCGAGAACAUCGACGCCACGAAUGAAUUCUGGAACAAGUACUCGGACGGAGACCAGUGCAGCUCCAACCCGUGCAAGAAUAAUGUUCUGCUGUUGGACAAGAAGGGUGAAGGCUUUUGUAGCGGAACCAUCCUCAGCCGGGAGUGGGUUCUGACGGCCGCCCACUGCAUCCCGUCUGAGCCUGACAUCGUCAUCGUCGGUGAGUCGCCCUGCAUCGCGUCUCGUCCAAACCAAGGUGAACACAACCGCACGGUGUCCGAGCCCACGGAGCAGAAGAUAUCCAUCAAGCAGAUCGUGAUGCACAACCGCUUUAACAACGCCACCUACGACAACGACAUCGCGCUGCUGCAGAUGAGCGAGCCCAUCAAGUUCAACAAGUACGUGCUGCCCGCCUGCCUGCCCGAGCCGGACUUUGCGGACAAUGUGCUCAAGGAGGAGCUGGCUUGCAUCAGCGGCUGGGGUUACCUGCACCACCACGGGGAAAAGGCCAAAGUGCUGCAGACGUCCUUUGUGCCGUACCAGGACAUGGCACGGUGCAAGGAAUCGAGCAGCUACACCAUCACCAAGAACAUGUUUUGCGCCGGCUACAGCGACUCGAAGACGGACGCAUGCCAGGGUGACAGCGGUGGCCCCCAUGUCACGCCCUACGCCAACACGUGGUUCUCUACCGGCAUCAUCAGCUGGGGCGAGGGCUGCAAUCGCAAGGGCAAGUUCGGGAUCUACGCCCGCGUCUCACGCUAUUUGCCCUGGAUCGACACGGUGAUGAAGAACUACAGUGUCUACAAGGACGAAAUCCCCACCGCUGGGCUCAAUCUCCAGCGUAGCCGCCAGAACUGAGCGUCGGCGCCCGCAGAUGAUCGGGGAGGUCGGGGGUGGGGUGGGGGACAAAAACAACGCCACAAUAGGAGAGUUGGGGAGUGGAAAAUGAUGGGGAUGCGUUUGAAAGAUAAUCCACAAGGUGCUCGAAGUUGAGUAUCGGUUUUAGUUGUCGUAAACCGUUGUGUUGAUUUAAGGGUGUCUUGAAGGGAUAAACUUGAUAACCCACAACUUCUUGGAGGAAUGAGGGUCUUGUUGAGAGUAGGAGGACUGAGUGAAUGGAAUGUGUGAAUGGUUAAGUUUGCUGUGUGGCCAUCCGUGGGUGCACAAUACACUCACAACGAUCACGCGUGCGUCGUCAAGGGUUUCAAUGAAAGCCAGUGUGGGCCGUGACUAAAGCUGGGCUCUUCGAUCGUUCAACUAAUCGAUUACUUGCAAACAAGAUUCUGACCUCCAUUGUCACGUGUGCCACUGGGCGAUGGACAGGGCUUGGUGGUGGUGACGAGCGGGGCUUGUUGAUGUCAUCGGCGUAAAUUGGCCGUCUCACACUGGGCGUGCCUCGAAAGGGGGUUUCCCCACUUCGGGAGGCUGUAGCUUGUGGGGGCCCGAGUAAUCCACCGCUGAAAAAGUAGUCAAUUCGAAUCUUUAAUCUAUUAGUUGACUAAAAUGACUAAUCCUCCCAGCUCUAGUUAUGUAACAAUACAUACAUGUGGGUUGUUUUGUUUUUCUUCCAGAAAACCUCUCAAUUCACUUUUAUUGGAAAUACUGUGAGAAAAAAAUCAAUGCUG